AUGGCCGACGACAAGCACAGACUCGAGCCGUCCAUCGGCGACCAAUACUAUGACAUUCCCCUCAAGAUGCUUGUACCCCAGCUAGAUUUCAUCUACCGGUUGAAAUGUGAGAUGGCAAAGGACAAUGAUAUGGUUGGCGCUGCGUUCGGUGGCACAAACAUCCGCAUCGUCAUGCCUAUUCUUGGCGGAACCGUGAAAGGACCACAGAUCUCAGGCAUCAUCCAGGAACGCAGUGGUGCAGACUGGGGUUCAGUUGUCCAAGGGACCGAUUACAUGAGGCUGGACGCUCGUUACACACUGAAGACUGAUGACGGUCACUGUAUUUAUGUCCAAUCUAAGGGCAUAUUCUCGCCCAAGGACAAGAGCUUCCUCGCAAAUGGCGAUCCAGACUCGAUGUCCCAGAAGGACGUCGAAUGGUUUACCUGA